UUGCGCAUGCUCAGAUUGCCUUUUUUGGUUCGCGUCUGAGUUCUGUCAGAUCAGCGGUGCGGACGUUCUUCUAAUACCCUCAAAUAUUUCACUCUACUUUUUUCCCUUAGUCAGUGGUAGAUAUUUAAAUCUAGUUUGAGGAGUCAUCAGGUUUGCAUUCUAACUCUUCGACGUCUGUGGCCGAAGGAAAUAGCGAAGAAUGAUGAGUAGCUCGAAGCGGAAAGAAGAAAGUAAUCUGCUGAAUGGGGGUGUAAAACAGUCCACAUGGAGCAAAGCCUUCAGUAGCAAUGCGGUUUGGGAAGAGAAGGAUGAGUUUUUAGAUGUGAUUUACUGGCUCCGACAAAUUAUUGCAGUAAUCCUCGGUGUGAUAUGGGGCAUUGCUCCUUUGAAAGGAUUUCUGGGAAUAGCCAUAUUCUGCAUCAUCAACGCUGGUGUCCUUUAUCUAUACUUCAGCAGUUUUCAGCAGAUUGAUGAGGAAGAGUACGGUGGCACGUGGGAACUCACCAAAGAAGGCUUCAUGACAUCUUUUGCUCUGUUUCUGGUGGUGUGGAUAAUCUUUUACACAGCUCUACAUUAUGACUGAGAUGGAUCCAUAGGACACUAAAUAUAAACAUUUCUGUUGAAGCAAGUUGUCAAGACACAGGAACUCCAUGGCAUGAGGGGUUUGAAUACUCCUACAUACAGUAUGACUUCACAGUGUGCAGUGCAUCAUGGGAAUCCUAGUUUGAAUAUCAAGAUACAGCAAGACCAUCGUGAUAAACCUGUUCAAAUAAUGUAGGUCUCUCUAAAUUGAGGGCUCCUUUUUGAGGCACUUUCCAUUACACUUAUCAUUUGUUAUGUCCUCCUCCACUUCAUUGUCAUACUUUGUAAGAAAACACUGACACUGGUUGCAGUCCAACUUGUAUUGUAACAGUACAACAGAAUGAGGAUGCUUUCUUUUGGUGGGCUUACUGCAGAGCCUUUCUUCUCAUUUAGAAGCGUGACAUGAACCAAAACAACUCGUAUGUGUAUCCAUCCCAGUUUACUGCUGACAAGCUGGUCACUCAAAUUCCAGGAGCAGGGCAAUAAAACAAAGUCAUUAUAUAGUCAUUAGGGUUCAUUGUGUUAACUUUGCAUUUCAAGACAAAAUGUACCAUGUCAGAUUAACUCAUGUACCAGUAAGGGAUUAAUUCUUUGGCUUUAGUGUUAAAUCAACCCUCUGAUAUUUCACUUCAAAAUUAUGUUUGCCUUUUUGAGAAUUUAUUCUGGCCCUGGCAAAACAAUUACAUAAAAACUGGCGUGGCGUAAGCAUGUUACCGUGCCUGUGGUAGCUAACCACAGCUGAAAUCUGGCUUGUGAUAAUUUUAACAGCUAAAACAAAUGCUGGUUGUACGAGAGACGUAUCCGUCAAUACCCGAAAUAAAUGCCAGUAUCAGCUAUUGAUGCACUGUUACUUCAGUCAGGAAUGAACUGUUUAAGUUAUCUGACCAUGCAAAUUCUCAAAGUAAAGAGAGAGAAAACAUGCAUGUUGUGCUCAGAUGCAAAUGUCCAGUUUUAAGCUAAAACCUGGUCUGUGCACUGCUGUAUUUUGCUCUCUGUAGUGGUCAUUAAUUAAUGGUAUUUGUUGGGAUGAUAGGAAUAAUUUAAAGUUAUUAUUUUCUCACAUGUAGCUUCCAGAUCAAAGUCUUACCUGUUGUUUUGAAAUUAAUUUAAACUUGUCUGUAAAUUCUGUACAUUGUCCAUUUAUCGAAUCCACAUUGUAUUACACAGAUUUAUUUGUACUUGUGUUAUAUCUUGUUUGAUGUAACAUAUUUCUCAGUAUUUUAUAGUGAAAAUCUUUUUAAAACUGUUCUUGCAAAGUUAUUGUAAUGACACUUAUAUUAGAUAUGCAGCUGGUGUUUGAAAUGAUUGUAUUUUCUGAUCAAAUCUUUUGGGAAUCAUUAAACAUGGGCUUUAUUUGGCCUCCAUUUUCAAGGACAUAUCUUUAGUUAGUUUUUGUCAGAUGGUUCAUUCAGGAAUUGUUAAACAUCUAAAACGUUUUAUUACAGUUUCUGAUCUUAGUAAAGCUUAGUUACUAUGACACUGGCUUGUUCGCUGUCAUGUCCGAGAUGUAGUUGAGUUGCUGGGUCUGGUAUAGCUUUUACCACAGGCGGAGACAUUUUACUCCAAAUACUUCCAGUUCUCUUAUUAAAACGCUGUGCUCUCGGCUCGCUGACAUAGUGAACGUUAACCACAGGUACAGUGUGCUAACAUUCAUUUUUUAGAGAGGCAGCUGAAUAACGAGCAAAUAAAGUAUUAUUGCUGAUGAGUAGCCUACUUAUUAAUAUAAUUACUUUUUCAAUGACUUUUAAGUAAUUUCUCCAACACUGCUUGUUUGUGGGAUGAAUUUAUUGUUGAU